AUGAACUACUUAAACAAGCCCCUCAGCACCUUCUCCACGAAUGUCGUGAACCCGAUGUACUACGUCAGCUUCUCCACCGCGACAAUUGUCGCCUCUGUCAUCCUCUUCCGAGGCUUCAACACGGACGACCCCGCCAACUCCAUCUCCCUCCUCACCGGCUUCAUCACCACCUUCCCAAGCGUUCACCUUGAGAUUUCCCGCAAGCGCGACCUCGGCACUCUCCCCGGGGGCCACCACCCACACUCCGCCCUUGAGUCCGGCUUGAUGAACCUGCGACUGAGCAUACAUGGACGAAUGUUGAUCGCCGGGUGGAACGACACAGCAGGGACGCCUAUUGGGAGCAUAAGGCCCAUACAGACGCUCUUUGAGGCGCUUGAGGAGGACGGGGACGAGGACCACGCAGAUGGGAUGGGGCUGGACACGUUGCAUGAGGCGGAGGACGACGAGCUCGAGGCGGACGAGCGGACGGCGCUGGGGAAGGGGAGGAACUAG